UCACUAACCACCACUCACUACCAAACUUCAGCAUUCACCUAAGUUGGAAAGAAAAGUUCAUAUCUUUUGUUUUCACUCAUCCAUUAUCGCUUCCAUGAAGCUUCUCUGCCUUCCAAUUCUAUCACCAUUACAGUAAAGCUCAGUUUUCUCUGAAUUGCUAAGGAAAAGCUGAUUUGAUUCCAAGGCACAUGAUAUGUCUACCACGAAGAUAUACAUAGUGUACUAUUCUUUACAUGGCCAUGUUGGGACCAUGGCAAGGAGAAUUCAACAGGGAGCUAAUUCAGUUCAAGGGGUUGAAGCCACUCUAUGGCAGGUGCCUGAGACAUUGUCCGAUGUGAUACUGAAAAAGAUCAAAGCUCCUCCAAAAGCAGAUGAUGUGCAAGAGAUCCAUCCAGAACAACUGGUGGAAGCAGAUGGUUUUCUUUUCGGGUUUCCAUCACGAUUCGGGGUCAUGGCUGCUCAAUUCAAGGCGUUCUUUGAUGCAACAAGUGAGAUAUGGCAGUCUCAAGCACUUGCUGGCAAACCUGCUGGAAUUUUCUGGAGUACUGGUUUUCAUGGUGGAGGUCAGGAGCUUACUGCAUUGACAGCAAUAACGCAGCUAGCACAUCACGGUAUGAUAUUUGUACCUCUUGGUUACACAUUUGGGAGUAAGAUGAUGGAAAUGAAUGAGGUGAAAGGUGGCUCUCCCUAUGGUGCUGGAACCUUUGCAGCCGAUGGAACGCGACAACCGACUGAGUUGGAGCUUGAACAGGCCUUUUACCAAGGUAAGUAUGUUGCUGAAUUAACCAAGAAACUCAAAAACUAAUGCCAUGUUUGAAAACUUGUUGGGUGCUUAAAAACGUGUUAUUACACUUAAGAAAACUCAAUUCAAACAUACUUCCCUUCAACCUGUAUUAUUCAGCUUCUCACAUCUCAGUUGUAUAAAUAAAUUAAAGGUUAAUGAAAGUUACUAAAAUUGAUGUAAA